UCAGCAAUAUGGGAUUCGUUGCAUUAUAAUUCGUUGCACUAUAAGAAGUAGCCUAGGCUAUGGUCUAACUUCGGAACCGAAAAGUGAAGGGGGCGAUUCGGCCACAAACAUCAGCUCUGCAUUACAGCCAACACUUGCGAGCGCUCUCACACAUGUUACAGAUAUACACACACAGGAAUCACACUUUAUCAAUCUUUGACGUUUAUUCUUGUAAAUCUGUUAGUAAACAGGAACUGACCCUAAAAUACGCGUUACCCUACUGUAACCACUUCCUUUCAAGACUACUGCUAUGUGGCCAUUUAUGGCCUGUGCAUAGCAGCAUCCUUUGAUGUUGACGCAGGCAUAACGGUCGUUUUUCCAGUUGUUCAUUUUGAUUGUCAGCAGCCUAGAACUAACUUUUAUUGCACGAUGUCUUACAAAGUAGCAACCACACCAAAUGCCACAAUAGUCUCUUGUUGUAGUAGGAGCAAUCGAACCUGUCACACUGUAUCUUCACCAGCCCCAUUUUGGCUACGUAGAACUUCGAGAGGGGGGCGGUAUUUUCUCAGUGUCAUCGCACUUGGCAGAGCACAACCAACAUCCAGCCCUCAAGCGUUGCCAUCGGUUGGCAUGUCUCUGUCCACAAAAGAGUUCCCCCAGAGGAGAAAGUCUCUGGGACCGGUCUCUCCGAAACGCAUCUACAGGAACCUCUCCGUUAGACUCAAGGGUGGAGAGUCGCUCACAGAUGGGGAAACAGUUGCAGCCAAGCACCAGUGCAGGGCCUCAUCCACCGUCAGACCCAACAAGGAGACCCAACUUUCCUGUUGGGUCUGUUUUUACACAACUCUGUGGGAGGCCGUGGAGAGUGAGGACACGCUGGCUGUCCAGAGCCUGUUGUCCAGGGACAGAGCAUGCGGGGGAGGAGAGAAAGCUGAGCAGAGGGGGAAGUGGGAGAAGGAUCGGGAGAGGGGAGUGAACAGCAUUAGCGAACAGGGCCUGGUGCCAUUAGACGUGGCUGUGCUCACCCACAAUUUCCCUCUGCUACAGGUGCUCAUCAAGGCAGGGGCCAGACAUAAUCCAUACUCGUGCCGUCCAUCAGAGUGGGCUCUGAAGCUGGACGCUCUGGUGACUCUGGCGGGUCAGAAGGUGGAGGAGCACCGGAGGGUGGUGCUGAGUCGGGCUAAGGCGGCAGUUCACCUGCAGGCUAGCGCCCAGCGGCAGCUGCACAACUGGACCCUCCGGCACCAGCUGUACUGCAAGAUGAGGGAGAGCUUCCAUCUCACAGUUCUUCCUGGCCCUCCCAGCAGUGCUGUCUUGCAUGUGACCAGUGCCUCGUCGUUGUUAGUGUCAGUCAGAGAGCCGACUGGCAUGGCCACUGGACUGAUCACUCGCUACAGAGUGGAGUGGAGCACCUCAGAGACCUUUCAGCCCAUUUGUGGAACUGGCUUCAUCACCAACAUUAAGAGCCCUGUCUUUCACAUCACUGGACUGAGCACUGGUGUGCCGUAUCACGUGAGGGUGAGCGCCUACAACGUGAGAGGAUGGGGUGCAGCCCAGACCAGCAGUCCAACUUGUGCCGCUCCAUCCAGCUGGUUGGAGUGUAACAGCGUACGGGUGCGGAACCAGACACAAGAGGCCGAACUCAGGAGGAUCCUGGAACAGAUCAGAGAGCCACACUACAGAGGAUACUGCACAGAGAAGGGCCGCCAGAUGAAUGCGUCCAAGCGUCGGUCUGUGUCUCGUGGUCUGAAGCAGCUCUUUCAGUCGGCCACCAAGUUUGUGCGUCUACUGCAGAGGGGCGUGUACCUGGCAACAGUAUUUUACCACAAGGACAACUUCCUGGUCACAGCAGAGGAUCAAUUUCCAUUGGUGGAGAUCCAAUGCUGCUCCACCUCCAUCAUUCAGGACUUCCUCUGGUUUGCCAAGUUGUCCUGUGCUUGGCAGCAGGUGCCUUGGCUUCAGCAGGCCCUCAGCUCCUCCCUCUCUUCUUCCUCGUCCCUCCUUCAGAACAGACAGAACAUCCUGAGAGCGGUUGCACAACUGCAGUCCUCCCUGGGGACAGAGGACCUGGGCCAGGUCUACUUUGAGCCUCUGAAGGACAGGCAGGGCAACGUGCUGCUGGUCACCCUGAGGGAAUGCUCACCGCCCAGCCAUCCGCCAGACCCUCCCCUGCGGUGGGUGCCCAUGUCCCGCCUGGAGAAGAGCCACAGCCACACGCCUCUACUGCCUGAGCCCACAGCCAUGGACACCCUCACAGAGCAACUCAAGGAGAAGCUGGCCUACCACAGACGCAGCAUACAGCAGGCCCAGCCUGGACUCUACGUGGGCAUCCUGAAGCUGUGCAGCUCCGUGGAGCAGCUCCGAGUGCUGGUGCCUCAGCGGCUGCCCAACCUGCUCUGCCACGCCAGGGUGCGAAGCAACCCCCAUGUCUCCAGGGAGGAGUGGGAGUGGUUGCUGAAGCAUGCGCUACCCUCAGGUGUCGACACUGCCGGGGAGGAUGACUGCGCGAUUGAAAGCUUUGGGCUGGAGGAGUUUGUGCACUCGCUGAGAUCUGCUGUCACUACGCUGCUGACUCGACUCAAUAUUCCCCUCUACAGGGCUUAUCAGUACCGGGUGUACACACAGGAGUUGCUUCAGUUUGGGGACCAACUCUCCAUGCUGCUUCUGCUGCCUCCAAGUGAGGAAUUUAGUGCCAGCUAUUGGCCAAUAGAGGGCGCCCAGGAACCUGGGAUUACCUUGCCUUUGCAGAUCUUUGAGCUAGUGCACUUCUGGGCGUACGCACGAGACUUCCUAUCGCAAUACUGCCAGGCCUGGGUGAGGCUGGAGCUGGAUGCCUACCUCUGCCAGCAGGCUCUGCGGGAGGCCCUGGACAGCAAAGAGGUCUCGGAGGCCAAAGAACGAAACAGCCACAUCACACAGCUCUCAAAGAGCUUGGAGGUGGUGUGGCGUGAGGCGAGAUGGAUCAUGGAUGUAAUGCAGUGUGUUCGGUCCAAGCGUCCCACCAGCACAGGAGCAGUGCCUCUUGGGUUGGUCAUGGGUGGGCAGCCUCCGCCACCUUCUCCUGCUGCCAGUGGAGAGAAGGAGAACAGAGAUGUUCCCAUAGUCUUGCCUCCUCACCUGCUCAAUCCACAAGCAGAUGAAGAGGGUAUGAACAUGCCAGAUUCAGUGGAUCCAGCCAGCCAUGAUAUAACUGUGUCAGGAGGAACCAUGCCAGACCUAGAGAAUAUCCCUCCCUCCGCUGAGGAGUACGCACUGGGAGCCCCCGCUGCAGAGAUCCAGUCUUUCGGCACACAGUACCUCAGCCCGCCCCAGCCAGACAUCUUCUAUGGGGCAAUUGGGGCUCAGUUUUUAUCUGACAUUCAAGAGGAGCCUGGCACAUUGUCCUGCAUCAAGGAACCAGACUUCCUGCACCCAUGCAGCUUGCAUGAAGAGUGUGUUGGAGAGAAGGAGGCUGUGAUGGUGGGAGAAAUGCUGGGCAUGUUGGACAAGCUAGACCUGUGUGGCGAGACGUUCUUCAGCUUUGAGGGGCUGGACCCUCCAAUAGAUCCAGUGGGUCACUUUUGCGUGUUGGGGGCAGAAUGCAGAGACUGCACAGCCAGCCUCCUCGAAAGCUGCAGUCCGGCCACAGACAUCAAUCUGGAACAUUAUCAACCUUUACUUGACCAGGGAAGUUCGUUGGGCUUCACUGAUAAGAUCUGUGGACUCCAUGAACAUCCUGAACUCUGUGCGCUGGAGGGACCCUCGAUGGGCUUCCUCCCACACUCACUCUUGCCUUCUUCCCCCUGUGGUGGCACUGUAAACCCGAGCCCUGGGCUUGAUGGGGAGAGUCCUAUAGCAUACCCUACCAGUAGAGGGAGCAGUAUGCCUGUAAGGAGUCUGGUGGCAUGGGUGACCUCUGCUGACCAGAAGUCUUGACAGUAUAGCUCCUCAAAAUAAUGAAAUGAUAGCCAUCUUGCUAAACUUGUCAGAAGGGUAGAUAUAGCCUGUCAUGAUUUAUUAAUGUUUAAUAAAAUUAAGAGUUUAUGAGACUAAAA